GAUGAAACCGAUGCAGGGAAACCAGGAGGCCCAUGCAACUACGCUGCAGCUUCCCCGGAUGAAGAGGCAUUGCUAAAGGGUGCUCAGAGGACAAGAAAAUAACUUCAUGAAGGUACAGAACCCCAAACAGCAAAUUGAAAGGUACGAGCUGCUGAACGUCCUUGAUUUUGACUGCGUCCGCCGCCGGAUGAGCGUUUUCGUGAAGAUGCCAGAUGGAAGAAUAUACCUGUUUUGCAAAGGAGCAGAUUCUUCAAUUUUCCCGAGGGUCCCUGAAGCUGAAGCACAGAAGACCAGGGUCCACGUGGAACAGAAUGCAGUGGACGGGUAUCGGACUCUUUGCGUUGCCUACAAAGAAGUAUCUCCCGCAGUCUACGGGACACUGGAAGUCCAGAUUAAGGAAGCCACCAUGGCCCUACAGAACCGAGAAGCCAGGAUGGCCAAGGUCUUUGAUGAGAUUGAGAAGGACAUGCAUCUGAUUGGUUCCACCGCUGUGGAAGACAAACUCCAGGAAUUUGCGGCAGAAACCAUUGAGGCCCUCCACGGGGCAGGCAUGAAGAUCUGGGUGCUGACGGGGGACAAACUGGAGACGGCCCAGGCCACGUGCUAUGCUUGCCGCCUCUUCCAGAGCAACACAGAGCUGCUGCUGCUGACAGUAAAAACCGUGGAGGAUGGGGAGAGGAAGAUGGACCAGCUGCACGAGCUGCUGAUGGACUAUCACAAAAAGUUGGUGACCGACGCACCCCCAGGGAAGAAGAGCUUGGUAUCAAGUUACGAAUACGGGCUGGUCAUUGACGGGGCCACCCUUUCUCUGAUCCUGAACCCUUCCCAAGAUUCGCUCUUCACCCAUUACAAGCACAUCUUCCUUCAGAUCUGCCUGAACUGCGCCGCGGUCUUGUGCUGCCGAAUGGCCCCGUUGCAGAAGGCUCAGAUUGUCCGCAUGGUUAAGAAUUCCAAGGGCAGCCCCAUCACGCUGGCUGUCGGAGACGGGGCCAAUGACGUCAGCAUGAUUUUGGAAGCUCACGUGGGCAUCGGUAUCAAGGGAAAAGAGGGUCGCCAAGCCGCUCGGAACAGCGACUACGCCGUCCCCAAGUUUAAACACUUGAGAAGAUUGCUCUUGGCACACGGGCAUUUGUAUUACGUCAGAAUAUCCCAUCUUGUACAGUAUUUCUUCUAUAAGAACCUUUGCUUCAUUUUCCCACAGUUUUUAUAUCAGUUUUUCUGCGGCUUUUCACAGCAGCCCCUCUACGAUGCAGCUUACCUAACGAUGUUCAACAUCUGCUUCACCUCUCUGCCAAUCGUGGCCUACAGUCUCCUGGAACAGCACGUCCCUAUUGAUAUCUUGAUGACUUUCCCCAAGUUGUAUCUGAAUGUUUCUGACAACGCUAUGCUCCAGUUGAAGCCUUUCAUCUACUGGACCUUCCUGGGCCUUUUUGACGGCUGCGUCUUUUUUUUCGGUGCCUACUACCUUUUCCAAUCUGCCUCUAUAGAGGACAACGGAAAGAUGGCAGGAAACUGGACUUUUGGAACCAUGAUUUAUACUGUCUUGGUCUUCACAGUCACACUAAAGUUGGCGUUAGACACUCGGUUCUGGACGUGGAUGAACCACUUCGUCAUCUGGGGAUCCUUAAUUUUCUAUGUGUUUUUCUCAUUCUUCUGGGGGGGCAUCAUUUGGCCUUUCUUAAAGCAUCAAAGAAUGCACCACGUUUUUGCCCAGCUGCUCUCCUUUGCCUCCGCCUGGUUGGCGAUCUUCUGCCUGAUCUUCAUCUCUCUCCUCCCCGAGGUCAUUGCCCUCGUCUUUAGACACAUGAAAGGGAAAACUCACGAGCCAGACCCUUCGGAGUUGCCGAUGCUGGUUUCCUACAAACAGCUAGAGAGCAGCCAUCCUGCGGAAGCAAAAUCCAGGGAGACCCUCGCUCGUUUGGCAGAACGUCAUCUCAGGAUCCUUCAAAUGCAACGAUUAUGACUCCGCUGACUGUGAUGGAAGGAGUCAUCCGCCCUGCUCAAAAGGAAGGUGCCAUUUUUAAAAAGAGGAUAUUGGUUGGUUUUGCCUUUUUUAGAAAUGGGUGUAAAAUCUGGAAGACUUGUCGUUGAUUCCCCCCACCCCUCCAAUCUUAAUGCAAGCCCUGAGGGCACCAACUGGCAAUUUUGAUCGUGAAAAUCAAGAGGGAUGUUUGGACCUUCGAAAUGAAAGACACGGCUUCUCUUUUGUAACGGUGGGUUGGGCGAGGAAAAAAUCGACAGAUUUCUGGCUAUUGGCUUCCCCCUCUCAGCCUGUGAAAGAGCAGAGAUUUCAAUUCUCACUCCCCAAGCAUACAUUUGAACGAUGACUCUUGGUGUCAUCUGGCCUGCUUCCUUGCACCCACGGUGUUUCCAUUCCUCUAC